AUGAAGCCACCCUGGCCAAACGCGUUUGCAGACGGAGAUGUGGAGAAGUGGAUUCGCGAUUUUGAACUAAUCGCAUCGUGCAACGGCAUCAAAUGGAGUGCGCACAUGGUCAUCGCGUUGGGUGCGCUGCUCACCGGACGAGCGAGAGCCGCUUACGAAUUGAAUUUGGAAAGCAACCGAGCCCUAGAUUGUGAGAAUUUGAAAUCUGCAUUGGUGGCAGAAUUUUCAAAGUAUGGUGACUGCGAUGAACCGGUUUUACGCUGCGGAGCACAACCGAACUGA